UGGCUGCACAGAGGGCUUGAAGAUGGAGAGGAGGGGGGUGUGCAGUAAGUAAGUGAAUUAAGCAACGGGAGGGGAGGGCUAAUUAGGGGAGGGCUAAUUAGAGGAGGGCGUGUUAAGAGAAUCUGGGGCAUCAUCUGAUCAUGCAAUGGUGGUUUCAAAGACGAUCAUGCAUCUGAGCUGAGCAGCACAGGGUGGGAGGUUCCUGUGGGGCGCUUAUUAUAGUCCACUUGACGAAGCUUACCAGAGCGCUGCCAGACGGCGACGAAGACGACGAAGACGGAUGGAGGCGGGGAGCAGUGGACGAGAGGCGGUGCAGGUAACGAAGGAGAAACAUGUAAGGCCUGCGCUGGUGCCAAACAUCCUGCCGGCAACCCCCACGGUUGCACCAUGAUCCGUCGCUCGGUGAAAGAGGGAAUCCUUCCAUCAUGACAACAGCACUCCAGCUCCAUCAACUUGGUGCACAACAGUCAAAGGCGCCGCGCUGCUGGCUGGCCUGCUUGUCGGGAAACUCUACCCAUUCGAGAACAGUAGCUUAGGCCCCCGGGUAGCAGUAAUACUUAGCGUUUCUAGCAGAGCUCAAUUGUGUGGUUGCGGCGCAGGAUCACCAGGGCCGAGGGGAAAAACUCCAGGUGGUUUGUUGUAGCGGCGAGCGGAGGAGAGGGAACAGGGUGCCAGCACGGGUAGAGAACUACUCUAGACGGAAAGUCCAAUUGGAUAGUUUGGCGAGGGUUGAUAAGGGCGGAAUCCUCCCUGACCAGCUCAUGAAUCAACAGCCUGCAUGCUGCUAGAGCUUGACACGGCAGGCCUUUCGGCAGCAUUAGGUCUGGUGACGCAGCGGCGGAGAAGCCUCGAGUGUGGCCACCUUUGCGUUGAAGAACUAGCGGAGGAGGAGCAGUGGAUCUUUAACUCGUGACUUUUAACAUAUCAAUUAGAGUUCUCAGUUUCGCCUUUACUUCAAUCAUCGCGAGUGUCGCAUGGUGUGCACAGAAGAUUGGCGGAGCUAAUUUGUUGAGUCUCUCAUUCUCCUCGUCUUCGUACUCAUUGCUGGAGGCCUAAUCGAUCCGUUCAGUUGUCAAGUGGAUCGACGAAAGCGGACAGUGUUGAGCUCAAGUGUCUUCGCUCGCGUCUUUACUGUCGACUCCAUAUUUACAAAACGGUCGUCGCCUUUUCGUAAAUUUUAGAGGUUCAUGGAUCUCAGAAGCUCUUAGAAUUUUAAGAGUCUCGUAAGCGGUGCUUUGCAAGGCACUUGUAAGCUGCCCCUGUCGGAGUGUUGGAUUACGUUGCGUGACCUCGUCAGAAAGGUCCUGAGGUGUAGUGAUCACACAAUAUCUCGCCGUUUAGAAGUAGUCGUAGAAGAAGUCCGUGGCCAAUUUUUACUUAAUCUGUGGCGUUUAAAUUGUGAACAGUGGCGAGCGCAGUGUCUGGUGAAAGAGAUCCUGUGUGGUUCAUGUGUAGCAGUUAUCAGCACUGAACUCUUAGGUGCACCUCAGAAAAAAGUGCCUCCUACUUGUCGACAUCCUCUAGUGUCAGAUUCAAUCACUCAUAUAGAAAAUCUUCCAUCAAGUAGAAUAGAGUUGAAGCUUCACCCACCGUCCAGUCUCUAAUUAGAGCUGGAAUAGGCCUUUGCUCUCGAAAAACAAGCCCGAAUUCAAAGAAAUCAUCAGUUGAAGUGCAGUAGUGGAGGCGCAUCUGCAUCUCGAGAGCUAUAAACACAAGUAAAUCUAUAGUCGGACUCUUCUUCCGACAUCAAAUUUUGUAACCGUUGUGUCUAUUGCUUUGGGGGUUUUUCUUAAUCUUUCUCCCGUCGGGUCUUAAUACUGUUAAAGCGGCUGAGCUUAUCGGUUCGGCUGUCAGUUCUCUGACGAAACAUAGGAGGGUAUCAAGGUCGACGUAGCUGAGGAUUGCAAGUUUUAGUCAAACACGCAGAAACAAGAGGCAAACGCCGAGCACGUGAAGAAGCCUGAAAACUUGCCUUAGUGCAUCUUGCCAUCAGCUUUCAAAGAAAUCCAUGUGUCUGGUUUCGUUCGUGCAGCGAAAUCCUUAAAUAUAUGACGAUUUUGGAGGUUCCAGUUUGAUAAAUCAAGUGGCCCCGGAGAUUAUCGAUCUUUCAGUGCAAUCCGGCUGCUAUCGAACCUUUCUUGCAAGCCGAUAUCUUUGGGACUAGUCUCAUCUGACCCAGCGCCGUCCUCAAGUGACACGCACCCCAAGGGCUAGCAGGGUCUGUUUCCGUUCAGUCGAUCUAGAAGUCCGGAGCAACAACUUCAGGUUGGAAAUAGAGACGUCAAUGCUCCAUUCUUUUCUUGUGCAUGUCUCUUAAAAGCCCAGAGAACCUGCUAUUUCACUUUCCAGCGACGACCACAGAUCCAACCGUUGCUGGAGUUAGAAAGUCCCUCGAGAGUGGGAUAGCCAAGUUUCUGUCUAUGCAUGAGUUCUGUGCUCACAUGAAGAGAACUCAACCAUCCUGGUGGUGCAGGUUUCGAGUGCUGGACAACCUAUACAUCAUUUAGAGUUACCAAGUGAAUACAAGUCAGUUUGGGGAAGAAGUCCGUUUUCUAAAGAGGCAUUCUGGAGGCAAGGCCGCAAGGGCUCGAGUCGAGGAGUUAAUUCCUGCAUAACUUCUGAUCGUUCUGCAGAAUCGAGCAAGUGAGAAGUGAAAAACCAGGUCGAAGCGUCUGGAGCUUCACAGCAUUGGAAUUGUCGAUUAAGCCACUACACGCAGUAACAUAUCUCAUCGAGACCUGGCACUUGUAUUUUCACUACGCAACUCAAUCCGCCUCUCAGCGGAUGUGCUGAAAUACUGAAUCUAAAUACAGAAACUCAGUAUCCAGUUCACUCUUUGAAGAAUUUCGCACUUCACAAUUGCUAAUGGGCCGGAACCCAGUCAGUUGCUAGAACUCAAAUAUUACUUCAUCAGGAUUCGACAUAGAUACGGUGGAGAACUCCCAAGAGAACACAGGUGCGAUGAGUUCUAGAUAUAAUCCUCAGAACUCGGUGGCUGUCGCACACCCCAACAUCCCGACGACUUUCUGCGAGUGGCUGAAGCCCAGUCAACCUGGGCAGCCACUGUCGCAUUAUCCUGUGGCUAUUCCUUAUGAAGGUGUGUAUCCUGGUUUUGCGACGGGCAGCAGCUCCGAAUCCUACUUCCCAGUUCAGCCUCGUUCGCCAGCUCCCGUUCACCGGCUGCAAUACCCGCCAGCUGAUCAAUAUGGAUAUUCAUGCAAUUCUCACCAACAGUCGCACGACCAGUUUUACAACCAGCAAACUCGUGACGAGCAUGAAUGGCGACAGCGGUGGCACUUGCAGAACAAUAGUAUGUCCAGCGAGCCGCUACCAUUCCUGAGCUUAAGUCCCCCGACCGGCCGUGACGACCUCUCUGACUCGGUCAUGCGGACGGCCAUUCUUUUGCCUGAGGCAUCUCAUGCUUCCGAAGAAUCCGACGAAAAUGUCACUGUGGCCUUGCACAUAGGUCCUCCUUCCUCCGAUGCUAUGAGUAUGUCAAGGUCCACCGAAAGCCCAAGUGUGUACGAUUCGUUGAGCUUGGCAGAGAGGGAGAGGUUGCAACGAGGGCGAGGUCGACUUCUCGAGGGAGAAUACUGGAUCCCUACUCCCGCUCAGAUCCUCGUCGGUCCGACGCAAUUCUCUUGUCCUGUCUGCAACAAGACUUUUAAUCGUUAUAACAACAUGCAGAUGCAUAUGUGGGGUCAUGGAUCGCAGUACAGAAAAGGUCCUGAAUCGCUACGAGGAACCCAACCCACCGCCAUGUUGAGGUUGCCGUGCUACUGCUGCGCACCAGGCUGCCGCAACAACAUCGACCACCCCCGCUCCAAGCCUUUGAAAGACUUUCGUACCCUGCAGACUCAUUACAAGAGGAAGCACGGGAUCAAGCCUUUCAUGUGCCGCAAGUGCAGCAAGGCAUUUGCAGUGCGCGGCGACUGGAGAACCCAUGAGAAGAACUGUGGCAAGCUCUGGUUCUGCACAUGCGGAUCGGAUUUCAAGCACAAGCGAUCCCUGAAGGACCACAUUAGAGCUUUCGGGAAUGGACACGCUGCCCAUGGAAUGGACUCGUGUGAAGACGAGGAGGAUGCGGUCUCCGAAGAGGAUAUCGAUGAAGAAGUCUCUGGAGGCUCUCAGUGACAGCUUCGUCACUUCGAUACUGAUCAGGCACAGUCCCACCUUUUCUUUCUUUUUUUUUUUUUUUUUUUUUUUUUUUGACAUGAAUGAUCGUGGGGUUCUUUGGACGAAUCGCGGCCAUUCCCAAGAUCACGGCUACAGCCACAUACUACCCCGUUUCAAAUCGGUGACACCAGUUCACCGAGUGGUUUUCAACUCGCCAUUGAUCCGAUUUGUCGAGGUCGCUGUUAAGAUCGAUGCAGAUCACUGAUACGACACCCUUUGAAUUUCGACCGUGAGUGCGGAUUUUGACCAAGGUCCACAACGAUAUGUGAUAUAUAUACCCAGGCUAUAUACAUACAUAUUUGUGUAACUUAGACAUCGCUUUCCUCUCUAAGAGAUGAGAUGUCAACCAGUAGAGCUUCUUUAGCAGAUGCAAAUCUAAUCUCGGCUAUACGGUAUGUAUGACGAUCGUCACUUCCCCUUUCGUCGGUGUAUGUCCACCUCCCAGCCACCACCCACUCUCGAUCAUUGAUCAUUCAGGCGCUUAACUAUCCUCAUUCCUGUAAGUAAGCUUUUCCGAGGACCUAGACUUAGUCCACCUAGUCGGCCUUGUGCAGCAGCGAUGUUGAAUUUGCGAGUAUAAUUUGUACCCACCGUUGACAGACCACUCUUUUGUCAUUCGGUCCCCAGUUGGUUCUCAAGUUAUAAAUUAUCCAGAUUUGGCCUCUAUGAGUAGGAACAUUAGGCUUCAUUAUUUUCCCACCAGCAUGCAGAAUUGUACCAUGUAUGUAGACGUGAAGUGACUUAUGUGAUUUCAUGUUGGACGCAACUUGUUGAUGAGUCCCAGUGUGCACUUUAUGUAACUCGGAGGUUAUAUCCAUUUCUAUUUA